AACACAGGUGAAGUGUGACUCGUCAAAUAGUCUCUGUUAUUACCAGCAGGCUCCCCAGGGUGUGAGCUGGAAGAGCAAACACGGAUCAGCGGCCCCGGAGAGAACAGCAGGAGUAUCUGUUUGAUACUGUUUGAAGACGGGAACUACGGGGGAAUUUAAAGCAACUUCCCAAUGGAGAGAAGAAGUUUGGCUUUGAGGGCGAUGAUCAAGAAGCAUCGGCCCAAGACCGAAAAUUUGGACCCUCGGAAGUGGAUGAGAGAGGAGACUGUGAGGGGUUUUACUGACUUCAUAUUGAACAAGCACUCAGACACAGAUACGGAUAAGAGCUUCGACAGCAACGACAUGCUGCUUGAUGCAGAGAAGCAGUUUAUGGAAGCAGCCAAGAGAAAUGACGUGGUGACCAUGAAGACGCUUGCAAGAGGGCUGAACGCCAAUGCAAAGAAUGUGGAUAACAGGACUGCCCUUCACUAUGCAGUGGCUGGUAAAAACAAGGAAGCCGUGCAGCUUCUUCUCCAGCGCAGGGUCAAAGUGGACCAAAGGGACAAGUACGGUGUGACGCCCAUUCAUUUAGCCGCCUGGUUUGGCAGUUUGGACAUCUUGAAAUUAUUAGUGCAAGCCGGGGCCGAACAGAAGGUUGAGAACGAGGAAGGACUGAACAUCAUGCACUGCGCCGCUAUCAACAACCACAAUGAUAUUGUAGAGUAUAUUAUUAAUGACCUGCAGAUGAAAGAACUUGAUAAAGACGACAAGUCAGGACAGCAGCCGUUUGCGUCGGCAGCCGAGCAUGGAUCUGUUGCAAUGAUGGAUAUGCUAAUUGCGCCAUAUGACAUGGCCACCAUGAAGGCCAACAAGAGCGGGGACACGUCCCUCCACUUAGCUGCCAAGAACGGCCACUCGGACGCCGUACAAUUGCUGCUGCACAGCUUUGACACGCGGGAUGAAGUCAAUAUGAACGGGGAGACGGCUCUGUACCAGGCUGCAGAAAAAGGCCAUGAGGAAUGUGUCCUGAUCCUGCUGGAGGCCGGCUGUGACCCAAACAUCCUUACAACGGCCAAAUGCAGCGCUCUCCAUCCAGUUUCAGAAAGAGGAGACACGUCCAUUGUCCAACUUCUCUUAGAUUACAAAGCCCAUACGGACUUCCAGAAUCAGCACUUGGAGGCUCCGAUCCACCUGGCAGUGAAAAACAGUCACAUCCCUGUCAUCCAUUCUCUACUGGCGGCCGGCUGUGACAUUAAUAUUGCUGAUAAGCGGUGUCAGACUGCUAUGCAUCUUGCUGCAGAGCUGGCCAGAAUAGACGUUGUAGAAAUGCUUCUCAAAGCCGAGCUGGAUCUGACCCUGCGCGACAAGCAGGGUAAGACGGCUCUGGGUGUGGCAGUCAGGGCGGACGAGGUGAUUAUUGUGGACAUGAUCAUCAAAGCAGAAAGAUACUACGCCUAUAAGAAGGCAAACCCAGAACUUAAUGAGAGCAUUCACAGCGAGAAUCCGCUGACGUUUAAACUCGACCACCGCAAUGAGACCAAGCAGCUCCGCUCCAUGGCCUGGCGCCUGGCCUACAAGCUUCUGAAGGCAGGAGACUGGAGAAGACUCGCAGAGCACUGGGGCUUCACAGAGGAGCAAGUGUCGGCCAUCAAGGAGCAAUGGACAGGUCAGCAGAGCUAUCAGGAACAUGGAAACAGGAUGCUCCUGAUCUGGCUCCACGGGGAGGAGUUGGCUCAGAAGAGAACUGCAAUGGAACUCUAUCAAGGCCUCAUCCUCACAGGGAACAAGAAAGCCGCAGAUGUGAUUCGGAUGGAGGCAAAUAAUUCCAGCAGUAAGAGUUGCAGGAUUUCAUGAGGAUGAACACUGCAACAUGAGGACUGACAAAAAGAUCAGAUCAUCAUAAAGUACUUUAUUUUGAUCAGUGAGUUUUUAACAAACCUGCAGUUUGGGAUGGUUGGACUUUAUGGAAAGAAAUCAUGAAAAAUAAUACUUGAAAUCUAAAAUAAUGAACAGGUUAAACUAUUCUGUCAAAACAUUUUUUUCAUAGAAAUAAAGUUUUGUAAUUCUAAACUCUG